GUGAGUGUGUGUGUGUGUGUUGGUUUUAAAGUCUAAUCAGUUCUUUGUUAAAUAAGGUCAUUGGCACUGAGUGCGCAAGACCAUCUCGAAUGCAAGCAGGCUCGCGCGCGCUUUGUAGCCAAUCACGGAGCGAGUUUGUCGGCGCGCGCGCCUCUCUGUCCUCUUUCACAGUCAAAGCGAGCUGGGAUUUUGCGCUGCGCUCCGCUCCACUCUUAGCAGGAUUUUUGUUCCAGUUUUCGCAGAUUAAAAAAAUAAUAAAUCAAACAGAUAGUGCAUUUUUUUUCCUGCCCUAAAGAUCCAGUCUAAAUCACCAUGAAGAGUCCUGCGUACUGGGCGGUCCUGUUCGGAAUGGCCAUCGCUUUAAUACAACGAGGUCUGCCGGUACGGAGUCAGGGAGACACACAAUCCGAUAAUACCGUGAUGGACAACAUCACUGUCCGACAGGGAGAGACCGUCUUCCUCAGUUGUUCUCAAGGCGAUGUCGUGACGCACACGGCCUGGCUGAACAGGUCCAGUAUACUAUACGCCGGCGAGGAUAAGUGGUCUGUGGAUCCCAGAGUCAGCCUCGUCACCCUGAACCGUGACGAGUUCACCAUUAAGAUCGAGAACAUAGACCUGAGUGACGAAGGACUAUACGUGUGUGCCGUUCAGACCAGCAGCAAGCCCAGAACCACAUCCGUCCAUAUCAUCGUGCAAGUCCCUCCAAAAAUUGUGAGCUUCUCAAACAGUUUGGUGGUGAACGAAGGCUCCAACGUUACUCUCAUGUGUCUGGCUAACGGCAAACCAGAGCCUGCAAUCAGCUGGAAAAUGUUGUCCCUAACAGCAAACGAAGACAUUGAUUCAGAAGAUGAAUAUUUUGAGAUCCCCUCCAUCAGCAGACACAGGGCCGGAGUGUAUGAGUGCACAGCAGCCAACGACAUCGCCAUAGACACAAAGACGGUGACGCUGGUGGUCAACUAUCCUCCCACUGUUUCUGAAGGAAGAGAUGUGGGCGUGACUCUGGGUCACACUGGGGUCUUGAGGUGCGAGGCAGAUGCUGUCCCAGAGGCAGAUUUUGAGUGGUACCGAGAUGACAGAAGGAUCUUCAAUGGCUUUGAUGGCAUUGAGAUUGAGGACUUCGGCCUCACAUCAAUGCUGACUUUUCACAAUGUGUCUGAGGCAGACUAUGGAAAUUACACGUGUGUCGCCAUCAACAAACUUGGGAGUGCAAACACAAGCAUCAUUUUAUAUGAAGUAAUUGAACCCACUAGCUCGACGCUCUUGCAAGAAAUGACUUCAUCUGUUUUAGAGCAAACAACCACUGAAUGCAAUCAGUUGUGUGAAGGACCCGGUGCAGUUCAAGAUGGUAACAGCGGUACAACAGGGACAUACACACCCGUCUGCCUCCUCCUCAUCGUUCCCCUGCAGCUGCUGCUCAAGUUUUGAUGGUGAAGAGGUUUUCGGCUGGAAUUGGUCCCAUCUCUCUCGUCACUCAUAUCAACCCCUGCAGCCACCGAUGAGAGCAGAGGGUGGGCAUGUAAUUCCCCACUACUCCUUUUUAAUAAAGUAAUCAUUCCAUUUUACUUUAUAUUAGUGUUAUAUAAAUAUCUCCUAUAUUUAUCCUUUUCUUUUUUUUCUUUUGCCCCAGUGAAAAUAUCAUUAUUUAUAUAUAGGAAACAGGCCUGUUGAGGUGAGGCUUCUCCAAUAUAUAUUUGCAUAUGAAAUUUUUUCUGUAAGUGUAGUUUCAUUUAACCAAUUGUAACCUCUUCUAAAACUUUAAUAUAACACUUAAUAGGAGAAUAAUAUUAUUCCAAGAAAAGUGCACAUAUGUCUCCCUUUUUCUUGUUUGUCAUCACAGUGACCUCAAGAAGUAAGAAUCACUGUACAAUUAUUUGUAACAUUUUUUUUGUAAUAUAGCUUUCCAGAAAUUUGGGGGAGAUGGGGCACAUCCGCUACUCCCCAUCGUAUUUUUUUUUUUUUUUUGUGGUAAUAUUUAUAAGGUUUAUUUUACAAAUUUGGGGGAGAUGGGGCACAUCCGCUACUCCCCAUCGUAUUUUUUUUUUUUUUUUGUGGUAAUAUUUAUAAGGUUUAUUUUACAAAUGGAUACAUAUGAUACAAAAGAAACACAGAAUUGGGUUUAAAUUUUAAAGGCAAAGUGGGGAUUCUGCAGAACCAUUAAGAAACUCACUACUAAUGCUUAAUUUAGUCUGCAGGAAGAUAAAUUAAUGUUUGGGAUAAUUUAAUGUAAUUUAAUGUAAUAUGAUGUACACCAAUUCAAAAUCAUUGUUUCCUUAGCUUUCUUAAUAUUAUCAAGCAACAAUAGAUUUAAACUCCAAUCCCUCUUUGCAUUUUGACUGAGUAGGGCUGCAUCCUAUGUUUUGGGUUAAAGCCAUUCCAAGCAGCAGACAUUUCCAUUACAGUGACCGAGAGAGCCCAAAGAGCUAUCAGCUAACACGUCUACGUUUCAGAUCUCAUAAUUUUUAAGUUGGUUUGGAGUUGUGGUGACACAAAAGCAUUGGUAUUACCAUUACUAUUGCUGUAUCUCGAACAAUUAUUUUAUUUUUUAUGUCAACCCAUCCCUAUAUAUUUCAUGUAAUAAUGCACCUUCUUCAAUUUUUCAAUAAUUCUAUAAAAGUUCCCAUACCAACAUAGUUCAUCAUCAAUAAGUUCUCUUCUCUAUAUGCAUAUUAUUUGUACAAAGGGAAAAUAUGCACCUGUUUUUACUAAAGUUGUGAACCAGUUUAAUACAAUGCAACAGACUUUUCUAUUUUAAGUUGCUGCUCUGGUUGUGAGUCAUGUAAUUUAUUUCUGAAAUUUGCAUUGCAUUUUGCAUUACAGUAACUUCUAAAAAAAUGUUUAUUGUAAAAUCUAUUAUUAAGUAGUAUGCUUUCCACAUGUUGUACAGAGCAGGAUGAAGUAAACUUGUCUAUCAUCGUCUUACCUUCAAUAUCUGAGUUUCACAAUGGUAUCAUUGCAGAGAAGGUGUGUGGUCUGCUUAAGCAUCUAUACAUUUUUAUCAUUUUUGUCUCACUGUUUUUGCCUGAAUAUUUGCUG